CAGAGAAGGACCCCUACCGUUACUCUGAGGACCCGGUUGGUGCAACUGCAUCACUGCCGGAUAGCAUCCCGGGCCUGGGCUUCGAGAGGCUCACCAGGCGAAAGGGCGUGGAAGCAAGCCACUGGGACCUUGAGACUCGGUGGGCCCUACCCCGCUUCCCUCCGGGUGGCGGCGCUUUCACGAGCGACUGACAGGCGCAACGAAAGGCAGCCCUCUGUCGUCUGGAGAAAAGCGGAGGCCUGGGUUCCCCGCCUCGGGAGGAGGGAACCGAGGGCAGUGCUUGGGGCAGCGGGACAGGGAGGCUCAAGGCGCACAUGGGAGGCAGGGGCCCUGGGUGGAACGAGGGUUACAGGAUGUCAGAGAAAGAUGCCUCUCGGGAAGAGGCGGGCUAAAGUCUGGAUACCACCACCCACCUCAGGACACGUGGGAAACGGGGGUGAGGCUGGUGUCAAAGCUCAAGGGUUCCGUGCCCCGAGUUCAGGGAGGUAGUUUGAUGUAGGCCGCCACAGGUCUCAAUCAGAGGGAUCCCAGUCACUAUGGAGGACCCGCGUCCUGAAGGGAACAUGGAGCCCCAGAAUUCGUCUAAGGAGAGGAGUCCCCGCAGUCCAGGAGGCGACAUCUGCCACCUGGGGGCCCCGCAGUGCACCCGCUGCCUCAUCACCUUCGCCGAUUCCAAGUUCCAGGAGCGUCACAUGAAGCGGGAGCACCCAGCGGAUUUCGUGGCCCAGAAGCUGCAGGGCGCCCUCUUCAUCUGCUUCACCUGCGCCCGCUCCUUCCCCUCCUCCAAGGCCCUGAUCGCCCAUCAGCGUAGCCACGGUCCAGCCGCCAGGCCCUCCACGCCAGUGGCGCCCACCGCGGCCCAGCCUACGUUCCCCUGCCCUGACUGUGGCAAGACCUUUGGGCAGGCUGCUUCUCUGAGGCGGCACCGCCAGGCGCAUGAGACCUGCACCCCUCCUGGCCCUUUUGCCUGCACUGAGUGUGGUCAGGACUUUGCCCAGGAAGCUGGGCUGCAUCAACACUAUAUCCGGCAUGCUCGGGGAGAACUCUGAGUGGGGCUAAGCCCUCCCUAGGACAGUGGUGGGAGGGUUCUUUGGCUGCUAGAACCCACCUCUGAUACAGGAUGGGGGCCUUGGAAGGAUUGCUUUCCCUCCCUGGACAGGCAAAGGACUCCUGAUGCGUAGGACCCAGAAGAUGCUCAUCUACAGCUUCAGUCUUUGGAGGAUGCAAAGGCCUUCAGGGAUAUAGUGGAAUUAAUGAAAUCUUUUGUUUAAAAAAAAAAAA